AUGGAUGUCUUCUUCGAGACCUCCAAUGGGAAGCACUUCUCCAUCGAGAUCGGCUUCUUCGACACCGUCCUCGAGAUCAAGGAGAAGAUCCAGAAGUACGAGGGCUUUCCCGUCUCCACCCAGAAGCUCGUGUUCAACGGGCAAGAGCUGGAGGAUGACCGCGACACCGAGCACUACGAUAUCCUUCAGAACUCUCGCAUCCAUCUCGCCCUCUCAGACCAGGACUCCGCCCCGCCGCCCGCGAAGCUCGACGCCCACCCCCGCGUCAACGUCGUCGUGAACGUCACCGUGUCCAAGCGACAGUUGACGCUGGACGCCGACGCUACCGACACCGUGGGGCAGCUCAAGGCGAGGAUUCACGACCUCGAAGGCAUUCCCACCAGCAGGUUCAUGCUGUUCCACGGCGGUGCCGAGCUGCAGGACCACCAGACGCUGGCCGACUGCGGGGUCGCCGACGACCCCGAGGUGAGCCUCGUGGUGAGGCCCUUCCCGCCGUCGCCGCCCUCGUCGUCGGCGCCGCUCCAGGGCUCCAAGAAGCUGCGGCUGAUGGUGCUGCCCAAGUGCGGCACCAAGAAGGUGCCGGUGGACGUGAACGCGUCGGACAACGUGAGCGAGCUGAGGAAGGAGCUGCAGAGGUUGUACGGCGUCUUCAACUUCCAUCUGCCCACCGACGGCUACUUCUUCAUCUACAAGCAGAAUGUGAUGGACGAGGACAAGUCCUUCAGGUGGCACGACGUGAAGCAGGGCGACACCAUCGAAAUCUUCAACGGGAGCGUCACGGGCGGAUCGUAAUCCAUGCGAUUCCAUCUCAAAGAAGCUUUGAACUGAUAAGAAAAGCACAUCUCACUUGAUGUCUUCAGUUCUCAAGAGUUCAUGUCGGAUGUAAACAUUCAACUCCCUAGUGCUUUUGAUCCCUUUGCUGAAGCAAUUGUUGACGACUCAGGUGUUGGUUCAAAGGAGUAUGUGCGUGUUUGAGUGCAGCGAAUGGAAAUGUCUAACUACUUUGCAGGGUUUAUAGAAAGAGUUCAGCUACAACAAGAUCUUGAAGGACCUAAAGAAAGAGCUCUAUCGUAAUGGUUCUGUUGUCCAGGAUCCAGAGUUAGGCCAGGUUAUUCAGCUCCAAGCUGAUCAGCAGAAGAGUGUUCUUCUUUCCUAGUAUAGUAUAUUGCAUCUUCAUUUCCGGACAAUGAUCAUGUUUUUUUCUCAGUUUGGUGAUAUAUUUUCUCUUUCUGUUUCUCUUGUUUAAUCCUUUUCUUCUCUCUUUUCUCUUUUUCUCAUGUUAAGCCCAAAGAAUGUAUGCCAUUGGGCAAGCUCCUUGUUGCUCGAUGGACAUUAGUUGCAAACGACAAUUAUGCCCACGACCACCAUGAUUUUCUUAACUGGCUGGUUCGGUAUGAUUUGAUUGGUAUUUGCUCGUCCGAUUGUCAACCGGUACAUGGACCAUCCCAAAUCAAGCAGUCCAAUCUGGUUGAAAUAUAUAUAAUAUUUUUUUUGGAUGUUUUAUUCUGAAAACAUCCAAAAUUGAGCAGCCUCCUCCUUCCUCCACUGACCCUGAUCUCCUUCUCUACCUUCGCCGCACAUGUCUAUUCCUCUCCUCCAAUGUCUUCUCUACCUUGGUGAAGCAGACGGAUGAUGAAGGAAGAAUGGAGGAGGCCAUAGGUGGGUCCCGACGGCGAUGGUGGCAAAGAAGAGGGAGAAGGUUCGACUGAACUGUUGUGAGGAGUCGGGAAGCUGAGGAGUCACAAGGAGGAGGACCAGCUCAAAAACCGAUGAGCUGUUUGCAUGAUCGUGGCCUGCCACUGCCCAUGUGUCUUUCACCUGCUCCAAGAAAUUCAACUUGAAGCAAGGACUGCUAAAAUUUUGAGGUCAUUUUUAAUCAUGGUGGAUGUUGCUCACAUGAGAAUGAUGUGGACUUCAAGGAGAGGUUUGAAUCCCCAGAAAUGGUGGAGGCAGAAAUAUAUCAGACAAAUUUAAUAGGCAAGAGAUAUCCUCCACAGAUAUGAUUCAGAUGCAACUGGAUAUUAAACAGAGCACCUUGCUUGCACAUAAACAUUCCUACACCAGCUAUAGAUAGAUACAAAGCUACAGCUAUUUGUACAAUUUGAAUGAGGAAAAUUAUAAUGAUCUUCAACAGAUACCAUAAGAAAAAUCUACUUAAUCUAAGAUUAGUCCUAUGCAUGGACAAGAAUAGAUAAAAAUUCUCCAUCUAAUAAGAUAAAAGAUCUGUAGCAUUUCAUGUUCUUGAAAUAAUGUCAUCAAUCUCCAAUGCAUUUCUCAUUUUUUGUAUAUAGCCAUUAGAUAUUUAAAAUUUGCUGCACCAGUAUAACCCAUUUACAGGGACAAAUUGAAGCAAAUCAAGGUAACCUGCUUUGCAUCUUGUAUUACUCAACCUGAAAUAGUUAGAAAUAUCAUUUUUGCUAAUAAGACAAUUCUUCCUUGGGUAAGAUCCUUUUCUUGAAUAUUAGAUCAGAUAGAUCUUGAUGAAGGAAAAUAUCAUUUUAAUCAGCUCAAAAGAAAAUCAUUUUUUGUUUGUUUGUAUGCUUUUGGUGCGGGGCAGUAUAGGAGCAGACCACCUUAUUUUUCAGUGGGAUUUUUUGUUGCAGGUUACCCGAAGCAGGAUGACAUCUCCACCAUUUAGAUAUUCCAACAAAGAUUAAUUCAAUGGCAAGUUAAAGGCUUCCUCCUUUUGGAAGGACCACCAACCUGCCAUAACUAUAUAGGCAUUGGGACAUCAAGAGCUCUCCUUUUGAUCCCCUACUCCAACUGUAAAUUAUCAUCAUUGUUGCUGUCCUCCCCCCCUUCCUCUCUCUCUCUCUCUCUCUCUAAAAGCCAAAACCAAUUCUUUUUUGUUCCUUCGUUUUUCUUGGGUACUUUGAAGUUUGAAACCCCAUCAUCUUUGGAAACUUUAGAGAGAAAGAUGGAUGGGAAUAUAGCUUUUGGCUUUGGAGCCAUAAAUUAAAGAUUCUUAUUGUCAAGUGCAUGUUCUGUAAAGCCUCAGUGCAAUGGCAAUCAAGAUGAAGGGGCUUCUCAAGGGAAUCAAAUACAUCUCUCAUAUAUUUGUGCACAAGGAGCAGGAGAUGGAAAUAGGGUAUCCAACAGAUGUAAAGCAUGUUGCACAUGUUGGCUUCGACAACCUGUAUGGGAGUUCUCCCUCUUGGAUGAAUGAUUACAAGACAUCACCUGAUUUCUCAUCAGGUUCCCUUAGCAACUUCGGAUCGAGAGAACCCUCGUGGGCUUCACAAGAUUUUGAUCAGCAAAGAGAGCUACAACCACCACCUGAGAUUUUCACAGACCAUCCUUGCCCAGACUUACCAAAAGCCCCUAAGAAGAGAAAACCAAAGAAGGCUAAGGCCAAAUCCCCAUCACCAGCGAGAUCGUCGAGAUCAUCAGCAUCGAGAGAUUCAUACUCCACUGCAUUUGAAGAUUUCGGUGAGACGCGAAGGGAAUUCCGAUUGGUCUAGGGUUAUCUUUUACAUGUAAAGGAUUGGAUAUUCUCAUCUGCCUUUCUUUCAAAAAAAUAUUUGUUCAAUCUUUUCCGGUUUUAAAGUUGUUCAGUAGACCAGAUUGUCACACUUUCUUUCCCACUGAACACCUAGAAUCCAUGUCUGCAAUUUGAAUGA